AAAACAAGAAAGAACAUAUUACAAGAGAGAAACAACAACAACAACAACAAGUAAUAAAAUAAUAAAGUAAUCAAACAUGUCAAACCUCAUCCUCAUCCUCGCCGCUCAAAUCCUCCUCUUUACCGCCGUUGCCUCCGCUGGAGAUUUUGCUAAAGAAUUGAACCCAAAAAGGUUCCACAAGAAGGAGAAACUCACCCAUCUCCGAGUCUAUUGGCACGACAUCUUAAGCGGUCAAAACCCUACCGCCAUCAUGAUUCAGAAGGCGGUUUCAAACUCCUCAACCUCCUUCGGAUCAAUCACAAUGAUGGACAACGCACUAACAUCUGAUGUGCCCGUUAACUCGACUGUGGUAGGCCAGGCCCAAGGUUUUUACGCCGGAGCGGCUCAACGUGAGCUAGGCUUCUUGAUGGCGAUGAAUUUCGCUUUCAAGACAGGGAAGUACAAUGGGAGUACGAUCACAAUUCUUGGCCGGAACACGGUAUUCUCGAAGGUUAGGGAAAUGCCGGUGGUCGGAGGAAGUGGAGUCUUCCGGUUAGCUAGAGGUUAUGUCGAGGCUAGGACUAAGUGGUUCGAUCCAAAGACAGGAGACGCCACUGUUGAAUACAAUUGUUAUGUCUUGCAUUACUGAUAUCAUUAUAUAUAAAAUUAAAGAACAAGAGUAUAUAUAUGUCCUCUGUGUAACGAUAAUUUAAUUUAAGUACAUAAGAGAGACAUUUUAUAUUUACUAUAAUCUUAAUUGUGUGGUCAGACGAUUCGUUCAGGGAAUUGUUUUGUCUUUUGAUAAACUUAAUAACUUAUGUCGUUUACA